AUGUUGCAAUAUACCUGUACUUUCAGUUAUCUCUGGGGUGUUGGAACGACAGCUGGAGCUGAUGACAUUCUUCCAUUUACAAAUUUUACGCAUCAAGUUAAAUCUGGGUGCAACGUCACAGCUCUGCACCACAAUACAACGUACUAUUCAACAGUUGUCGCUUUCAAUGGGGCCAUCAAUCAGAAGGAAAUUCUGGCAACAUCUAAUGGAGUGCUGGUAGACGUAACGCCUCCAUUGCGCGGGUUUGUCCAGGAUGGUCCUGAUAUUGUGAAUGAUGUGGAGUUCAGUUCUCAGACAGCUACUAUUGAAAGUGCCUGGGCCAACUUCACUGAUCCAGAAAGCCACGUACAAGAGUACACAAUGAUGGUAUAUGUAAACGAUGAACUGAAAAAGAAGUUCCAUAUUGGAUCCAGGACCAGUUACACUGACCAUACAAUUGACACUAAACACAAGGACCAUAUCCGAGUUCAAGUCGCAGCAACAAAUGGAGCAGGACUUGAAACACAGGCAGACAGUAAUGGGUAUCUGGUUGACGAGACACCACCCAACAUGAUGUAUAUACAAGAUUCUCAGACAGGCAAAUACCAAAGUGAUUCCUCACACCUUGGCGUCAAGUGGUAUUUUACAGAUGAAGAGUCAGGCAUCUUGGAAUACAGAUACACUAUAUUUGAGAAGAUUGGCGGUCAGAAGAAAAGGUUUUGGCCAAAGGAUGAGACAUUUGCUGUCAUUGAAGUUGAAAAAGCAGACAUACAGUUGGAUUCCCUUCCACUUACAAAUGGGGCCCAAUAUACAACAUCAGUCACAGCACUCAACAACGCCCUUCUUGCAACGUCAGUAGAAUCAAGUGGUGUUGUUAUUGACACAACACCACCCACAGUAAAGAAAGUGCUAAUCGGUCUCCCUGGGCAAGAGGAGGAGCUUGAUGACUUCGGAAAUGUAAUCCACAUGGAAGAUCAACCGAUGCAUGUGUCUUGGACAGCUCGUGAUCCUGAGAGUGGUAUCUCUCAAAAUCUGCUUUGUGUGAAGAACAAUGUCAUACAGUGCACUCGAAGUGAGCAGUUUACCAACUAUGGAAGCACAUCAUCUGUAACAUUAGAAGCUCUCAAUCUUAUAUCAGAUGAAAAGACUCAGUACGUUGUCGUUAUCAGAGUUACAAAUGGAGCAGGCUUGACAGCAGAAGCUUCAUCAAAGCCAAUACAUGUAGAGAAGGGAAACUCCCCUGGAACAGUCUAUGAUGGUCGAAGUAUCAGUGAAGAUACAGAUUUCCAGCAAGAUCUUUCAAGUCUCUCCAUGUCGUUCGAUGGCUUUGGUAGUGAUGCGUGUGGAAUAACCGGCUAUGACUGGGCGAUUGGAACACAGCCAUACCUGAGUGACAUAAUGCAUUACACAAACUAUGGACUUACGAUGGUCAGCGACAGUUCAGGAUAUGCGGAAAUAACAAAUACAAACUUCAACAAUGUGAAGUACUAUGUUACAGUCCGGGCUAUAACUGGUGUGGAAUGUCCAGACUCGUACAUCGUAUCAUCAUCAAAUGGUGUAACGGUUGACCAUGAAGUUCCUGUUAUAAAUCAACAGUACAGAGGUCAAAUGAUGUCUUCCUCACUUUUGUUUUUAAACCAAACAACAACUCUACCAAUAUCAUGGUCUGUAGAGGAUGCAAAUAUCAUGCCUGUGAUAUCCUGGUCAAUAGGGAGCCUCCCAGUCUCUGGUGAAAAACACACUGUUAAUAUUUCAAAGUCGGGUCUUGAUCCAUGGGACAUAAGUCUUUCAGCAAACAACACAUAUUUCGUGACAACAUAUGGCUCUGAUAUGGCAGGCAACACGGCAUUAAUGAGUUCACCGCCAAUCACAGUUGAUAAAACCCCCGUCUCUAUUAUUGACUAUGAGUGUACACCUUUUGUAUCAAUGAUGUCAACAAUUGUCACUUGUUCUUGGAGGUUUUUCGAAGAAGUAGAAAGUACCAUCACUAACGUAUCAAUCACAGCACGUACAGGACAAAGCAGCUCGCAUAUAUUAGUGGUUAGCAGGCUAUCGGCAAUUGAGAGACGCUGGAGCUUUGACACAGAGUUAGUUUUGCAAGAUGGAGUUUCAUUCCUGUAUAUAACUCUGGAAAUUGAAAAUGGUGCACAUCUACGCAGCAAAUUCUUCAAAGAAAUUGUCUUUGAUCAGACACCGCCAGCCGACGGGGAAGUCUCAGUAGUUACAUCAUCUAAUCCAUCAUCAAAACAGGAAGUAGUCUGCCAGCAACAAACAACGUACAUGUCUGUCUUUGUGAAUGGAUUCAACGAUCCCGAAUCACAGAUAGACAGGUAUGAAGCAGGACUGGGAAGUGAGCGAGGACUGACAGAUGUUCUUACUUUCACAAAAGUCACUUUGUCCAACGGACUGUUUGUAGUUCCAAACCUACACUUGGAAUCUGGAGCCCUCAUCUUUGUCACUGUCCGCAUUUUCAACAAAGCCGGUCUGUUCACAGUGAAAGAAAGUAACCCGUUGGCUAUCAGCCCAAAAUCCUACCUAGUUGUUUUGGAUGGACCAGGAUCUGAUGAUGUUGAUAGUCAACAUGAUCUGACGACCAUUCAGGGAAGGUGGGGUUACUCUGAUCCCUGUCCAGUGGUAUCAGCAGAGUGGGCAGUAGAGGACAUCACAGGGGAGAUUAUCAAAGGCUUUGAACAAACCCCUGGGAAUGGUCAUAACUUCUACAAUGAUGAAUUGACAUUGGAGAAUAUGAAGACAUAUAGAGUCAUUGUGAGAACCACUGAUGCCCUCAACCGCACCAUGAUUGGGAGAUCUGAUGGAGUGAUGGUCAAGAUUCAGCCUCCAGUUCCUGGGAAUGUUCGAGAUGGCAUUGCUUCUGACAUCAACUACCAGCUACCUACAAAUUACCUUGCAGCAAACUGGGAUCCGUUUGGAGAAAUGAAUGAUUUGGACCCAUCACAGAAAAUUGAAUACUAUGAAGUGGCUGUAGGGAAUGACAGAAGAUAUAAAGACAGGAGAUCCAAUGUUCAUUUCUUUGAGAAUGUUGGUCUCAACAGAAGUUAUGUCUUUAAGCAUUUAAAUCUAACCGCAAAAACAGUAACAUAUUACAUCACAGUGAGGGCAUACAGUUCUGCUGGAAGUUAUGAAGAAUCUUUUUCAAAUGGAAUCCGAGUUGGAUUUGGAACAGACAUCGUGUCGGGAGAUAUCGAAGUUGCUGAGUACCAAUCCAGCACCAGUGAAAUACAAGUAUCAUGGUCUGACUUUAUAUCUGACUUUAACAUUCGGAAAUAUGAAGUUGCUGUUGACACUGAAGAAUACACAGAGUCAAAUACAAGCUUGGAAUGUCAGGCUAUUGUCUUGCAGCCACUUGUGGCAUUUGAGCCUGUCAACAAAGACACAAUCAAAACCAUAAAGGGUCUUCAUUUAAAUCAUACGGAAGUUUACUUUGUCCUUGUCAAAGCUGAAGAUGAGGCAGGGAUAUGCCGGAUUGCAUCCAGUAAAGCAAUUACAAUUGAUACAACACCACCUGAACCAGGACAAGUGAUCAUUGAUGGUGGACGGUCAUCUGGUAUUCUAUAUGCCACUCAACUGCACUCUGUACAUAUAAACAUGACAGGAUUUACAGAUGAAGAAAGUUCCAUAGAUUACUACACGGUGGCAUUAUUAGGGGAACUUUUCUGCUCUGAUUCAAUGUCAUUAUCCCCCAAAGACAAAGACGUUUUACGUUCUGUUACUGUUUCAAAUUCCGAUGCCCACUUCAACGAUCUCAUGUUAGACACAACCAGGCCAUACUAUAUACAGGUUACAGCAGCUAAUAAGGCAAGUUUGAAGACGACUGUGACAAGUGAACCUAUUUUAGCAGAUUACAACCCUCCAGUUGCUGGAAACAUAAAAAUUGGGUCAGAUUGGAGGUACAGUUCAAGGUCUUGGGGCGAUACGAACCUGUUACAAGGCACAAUUCUCAUCAAUACCAACAUACACGAUUCAACAUGUCAAACUGAAAGAGAACUACUGAAUAAUGACUAUAAAAAGGAAAUAAUGAUUUUGGAUGAUGUCUUCCAAUCGCACGCUGUUGAUAUUUUAGAUAAUAACCGUGUCAAGAUAUAUGCACGACUUGACCCGUCGCUGCAACUGUUUGAAAAAGGAGGAGUCAAAACAAACCCAACGCUACUGACAGAAGGCAACUAUUCAUUUUCUCUUCAGGCUACAGCACGACACAACGUUUCAUCUAUGAUAGGUCUGAUUCAAGAAAGUCUUCCAAAUCCUGAUGAUAUCUUAAUGGCUUAUGCAAAGAUAUUUAUAGAUAAUUGCAAUGGCAGUGCAUGUUCUAACGGCGACAGGACUGUAGUAACUGAUGACGAGAGUUGGAACCUUGGCGUUCUCGUGACUAUGAAUAACAUCUCAGAACCCAUAAUUCUGUUCUGGGCCAAGGAUAAAUCCAGAAUCAAAGUUCAUAAUGUCCAUGUAGACUUUGAUCCAAGUUUCUCACUGAACGACUUUUCUCUUCAAGCAAUAAAUGAUUCAACACCAUCAACAGAUUCGUGGGAUAUAAAUCUAUUCAUCAACGGCCAGUUGAAGGGUCAACAUGCUGGACUGAACAUUCAAGGAUACGUUGUCGCCUCUGUGUUCUCCUGGAACAAUGAUGGAUAUAUUCCACAAGUGGAUGAUCCGUUUGACCCAUUCACAACUAACCUACUCCUGUCAUCACUGAGACUACCGCUCCCGCAAAUACACCCAUGUAGGUACGGACGGGCAUUUUAUGAUUCACAGAGCGGGAUCAAAGAUAUUUCCGUUGGUCUGUCAGAUUCUCAGAACACAACUGCAAACAUAGUACCUUAUACGAAACAAAUGUCAUUUUGUGUUCCUUGCAAAGAUCUUUGCAAAGAAAGUUGUGGAUUUGAAGGUUCCUGUUCCAAGAGUACAGACCAACCGGGAUUAUCAGUAAGGCAUUUCGAACUCAGCAACUUGACACUGAUUCCCUCUCGGAUGACUGAUCGAAUUAACUACACUGAUUCCCAAGCCAGUGCCUACUAUUUUGAUGUGAAAGUAACUGAUCAUGCUGGUUAUGAAAAACAAAUCAAGUCUAACGCAAUCAUCAUUGACACAACACCCCCAGUGGUGACUGAUGUCACUUGCUUUGAUCCGGAGUACUCGCUGUAUGAACCUGCACUCUACAUUGGAAAUGAUCAUGCUGUCAGUGCUAAGUGGGAGAUAUCAGAGGAUUUCAGUGACAUCAACACUGUCUUUGUUGGAAUCGGAACAAAAUGUGGACUAGAUGAUAUUGUUCAAAUACCCCUUCAAAACAGACUGAAGAAUGUAACACUGAAUUCAACAAACGAAAGUCUUCAACAGGAUCAAAAGUAUUUUGUCGGCGUUACCGUAAUAAAUUCUGCUGGUCUCAACCACACUGCAUGCUGUCCAUUUGUCAUUGAUAUUAAAUCUCCCACAGUUUCCUCUACUGAACCAGUGCCACUGUUUGUCUCAGCAGACGAUGUAGCCGGACUUAACGUUUCACUUACUGAGUACAAUGAUCGAGUUGGAAUCCAGUGGGAUGAUCCUCAUAAUGAUGUGGACUAUUUUGACUGGCAGCUGGCGAGUGAGGAUUCAGCAGACGAAAUAUAUCCAACAAUGCGAGUCGGUUCCAACACAACUCGACGUGUCGAGGUCCUGAAGGGAGAUAUAAGUCUUUCUCAUGGCGCUGUCAACGCUUCAGUGUCUGAAUUCCUUAACAGAAACUUCUCUGAUGGUCUUAAGAGUGCCGACUUCAAGAAUAGUCCUCUCAUGCUGGAACCAGGCAAAUGUGUCAUCCAAACCGUGACUUCUGUCAGUAGAGCUCACAAGAGAAAGGAUUUGACGUCACAGAAGACCUGCAUUAAACGCAAGAAAGACAUGAUUGUGAGACAGGGUACAAACAAAACACUUGUGAUUGACGGCGUUGUCAUCUCCGAGUUAUUGGCAAAGCACAAUCACUCUGUUUGCACAAUAUCGGUGGAAGUUUCCAGUGGCGCCCUAGCGGUCGGUGUAUUGAGCAAGACCGAUCAACACAUGGCCUACGGUGCUCCAGCCGCCGUGGAUUAUUCCCCUUACAUCGUCAGCCCCGACAUCACCUCGACACAGCUGUCCCGGUUUCUCACUGGAAGAGUCUACAAUUUUGUUAGUCCUGCAUUCUACCUGUCGCCGAUCAGCAAUGUACAACUAACAGAAGACAUCAACGUUGAUUUGCCAGCAUCCCCAGCUAAUGAACACCAGGAAUCAGCGAUCAUUCUGUGGGACUCAGGUGACAAGGUCUGGCGCCAUGUCAGUGAAAUCUGCGGUAUUGUCCCUUUCAAGAGCCGCGCCACCACGCGUGAUCCUCAUGCAAUACAGAUCUGCAAUUUAGUAUUUAAGAGAAGCUUGACAAAAUCAAAUACACGUGAGAAGAGGGCAACUCAUCCUUUCUCGAGCCCAAGAAUGUUUUCCGGAGCAAUUGUGUCUAAACAUGUGAACAAUACACCUCCCAUCAUUGACACCAGUGUUAUCCGAUGUGUCGAGGACAGCUUUGUGGAGCAAGUCAUCAAGUACCACGAUCUGCAGCAUGACAAUUUAACAUUUACAUUAGAAGAGCAUCCUCAUCACGGUGAAGCCAACCUCACAGCAGAGGGAAUGCUAUCCUACCAACCAGAGAAAGAUUUUAAUGGCUAUGAUAGUAUUCUCGUAAAUGCAACCGAGGUAUUCAUACUUGAUCUGGGAAUACAACCAGCUACAUUUACCAAGAGAAUACACAUCAACGUGUCAAAUGUUAAUGAUCCACCUGUCACUUUCUACCAGAGGGACACCCAGUCACCAAUACCAUCAUUGGUUGAAAGUAUUCACAAGGUAUAUGUUGAAGGCAAUCUAACGGAUCACUCUCUGGGUUCGUUUUGGGUCGCAGAUGUUGAUGACCCUGAAGAUUUGACAAUCAUUCAAAAUAAUGUAAGUGGUCUGGCAGCCAACUUUACACUUACACAGGUUGAUGCGGCUGGGGAAGAUGGAGAGACAUACAGAAACAUGUCCAUGAUCUACACAGGGAACACUAUCACCAAACAUGACCUGAAGCUGAAGACCCUCAAGGAAUUCCACGGGAGCAUCCAGUUCUCACUGCUCGCUGUUGAUGCGAAUGAGAGCUACAGCCACGCCCUGUCCAUCCACGUGUUUGUCCUCAUCAACCCAUGUUACCAUGGUAGCUGUGCUCCAAGAAACCCGUCUUUACCAUGUGAACAUCCAGGCAGAGAAAGCAGCUUUCAGGCCUAUCACUGUGAAUGUGUAGCUGGUUAUGAAGGACAGUUCUGCGAGAAGGAAAUCAACGAAUGUCUGAAGGCCACCUGCUCCCUUCUGUAUGAUUGCGAAGACAAACUAGCAACCUAUGACUGUGUCCUGAACAUCCCGAAGAUUCUUGCUAUACUUGUCUGCUUUCUUCUGCCCUGCUUAGGUGUUACCUUUUACAUAAGUCGCAAGUACAAACAAAUUAAACGCCGAUCAAAGGUCUGGAAUUUGCCAGACAACACUCCAGAUACACAGACGAAUCCUGUAUACCUAGCAAGAUACACAUCCACCACGGAAGAAGUAAAGCAGGAGACGACUUCCGGGUCGCCUUUCAGCAAGAAAGAAGUAAUUCAGGACAAGAAACCUGCUGCUUUUCAAGAGAAUGGCAGAAGCACGCCUGCCUCGUUCAUGGGUCCAGGACACGCACGCAUGCCUCACAGGAAAGCAAACUACUCCACCCAGUGGAGCUCAGAUAAAACCCUUCCUAGAGUUGUUGAUUGAAGCAACAGUAUCCAAAGUGUCGAAUUUUGCAGUGUUUGCAGUGUAGAUGUUCUAAUAAAGGCUAGGCUUCUUUUGUAACUCAUAUUAGAGGAACCCGUAUUGGCCUUUGUGUGAACUUUAACAUUUCUAGUAUCAGUAUUCGAGUAUUUACUUCAGAUACUAAUAAUGCGAGUGUGUGUCUUUGAGUUAACGCUAUCCAUAUUUCGAAAUAUUUUAUAUAUGUAUCUGAAAUGGAAACCAUCUAAGACACGAAAUAUAUUUCAUUAAGAAAUAAAACAUCUAUAUGGACAAUUUGAAAGUGUUAAAAUUAAAGCUAUUGAUAACCUGUAUAUGGAUAAAGACUUACUUAAGGUCAUAUUUAUAAUGUCCAUGAGAACCAAGAUUGCUCAGAUUGCCCUAUGUAUAUUGAGAUGAGUGUGAAGAUGUACAAAAUAUAAUCCCACCAUUGCUAGAAAUUGUUCAUAACACAUAUUGCCUUUUUGCAGAUUGAACCCGUGUUUGACAAAAUGCUGUUGAUAAUAUUGAUUUGAGUUAUCUAUAUAAUUAUAUUAGUUGUCAACAAAACCGUGUGGGUGCCAAUCUGACCCUAAGGUUUAACUCAAUAAAUAUUGAUAUCGC